CGGAUCUGACGGCGGGAAGAUGAGGAAAGUUUAGAAGAAAACAAAGUCAGCUUUCCGGACUUUAUGCUUGUUUUCUUUUUAAAGGCUUUGUUCUUUUUUUAGGAUGGAUGUGAAGAGUUUACCACAGGAACUAAAGCGCUGGGUUACUGAGGAGUUCCAGCUACCUGCUCGCAAGAUGCCUUCUGACAGUUUUUUUAGAAAGCUUUGUCUUGGCCAAGGUGUGGACAUCUGGAAGUAUGUUACUCGGCAUGUUUACCAUCAAAAAAAUGUAAAAACCAUACGUGGGAAUUUACAAUGGUACAGGGAGUUGGAAAAACUUGAGGUAAAGAAAGGAGAAUGUUAUAAUCAGGCUGAUCGAAGAAAAGCAAUGCAAAGAGAGGUUCAGGAACUGAGGGAUGAAUUAGAGCAACUUGAUUCUCAGAUUGCUUUGGCACAAAAUGAGGUUCUCGGCACAGAGAAAUCUGUUGAAGACAUGUGGAGGCAAAUUACUGAAUCCAGAAAGAGAAGUAUUCUGCUGAGAUCAUUUGCAGAACAGUGCAUCGAGAAUCGACAGAAGCUAAGCACUUACAUUAACAAAAUAAAUAAUCAUAGCCAAGUUUUGGAAGAACUUGCUCGGAAGGCUGAAGUAGUACUUGUUUUUGGAAAGAAUCACACUGAAGAAAAUUUGAGCAUUCCAUCUGUAGGGUUAGAGCCCCAGGUUCUGCGUGAAGUAAAGGAAAUCUGUCAGGAGAGAUUUAAUUUCUUUCAUACACUGCUGGAAAGCGAGUUGGGAGUGGCUCCUUCGUGCAAACGCCUGAGUCACCAAGAGCGCAAUGCAGCAUUUCAACAUUGGCUUAGUGCUGUCGAGGACCUAAUUCGCUCUCACCCACCCAGUCAUUUGCUGGCAGCACUGGAGCAUUUGGCAUUGUUACGACAGGAAUUUCUGAAACAGAAGACUGCAGAUAUCGAUGUCUCCCGAGAUAUAGAAAAACUCAGGUUUCGCAUUGAGAGCAAGCAUCUCCAGGAUGUUUCAAACAAACAUGAUUUCCUUCCUUCUGUAAAGUUGCUUCUUCAGGAAGGCUGGAACAAUGUCCAUGAUAAAAAUAUGCAACUGGCUGCAAAACAUGCCCACAAUCGUGAACUGUUAUCCAUCCUGAAUUCAAAGAAGCAAGAAGCAUUUCAGCAGUUAUCAAUGGACUCUGAGAAGGUCAACUUGUCUCGGUCUGCUUUUGAUCUGGAGCUGCAGUUGGAAAUGUCAAAGGCUCUGAGGGACGGGUUGCAAAAGCAGUGCCAAGACUUGAUAGAAACAGCCAAGGAUAAAGAAGAGGCCCUAUUAAAGCUACAGAAUAAGUGGCAAAAUAUAAUGAGCUUCAGGCAGCUGGUGGAUAAGAAGCAAGAACAGAUUCGGGGCUUAAUAAAAGGGAACUCCUCAGCCAAAUCAGAGCUACUGAAAGUGCAAGCAGAGAUAGAGUUGUUUGUUCAGGAAAAAUUGCAGAGACACCACCCGGAGUUUACUGCAGUCGCUGGAGAACAUCAAAACUCAGUAAGCCGUGAACUUCGGCAGUUUAGUGGUAUUGCAUUAACAACACUUUCCAGGAGAUGCCUUGAAGAGGUACAACUGGUUCCAGCACAUAAGUUUUCCAUUUACCGGAUAGAUAUGCCAUCACCUUAUGAAAAGUCUGUUUUUGACAGUUUAUGCCAGAGUUUACACUUUGCUCAUUAUAUGGCUCCAGAAAAGCUGAUAUUCAGUGCCGUAGCUUUGAAGAGGGAGCAUCAGGAGCUGUUGUACUUUCUUAACAUGAAAAAGAAAUGUUUGCAGAAAAUUAAACAGUUGGAAGGAAAACUACCUGCUAGUGAUCUGCAAGCACUUCUUGAUCAAGUGAAAGCAGAAGACCAGGAGCUGGUCACAACACUCCUCCCAACUGUCCAGCGUCUCUCGCAGCAGAGCUCCCAGUGUAUAGAAUAUGGAGCAGAAGUGAAGAAAGCAAUUGUUCAUUGGUGGGAACAGCCUGCUCAGUUUGCCUUGCCAGAAGAAAGGAGACACGGUCUUACAGUUCAACAGUGGAUUGAAAGGUGGUCAAUGGCAGCAAAGGCUUUGCAGCAGAGCCAGAGGACUUUGCACUAAGUGCUCAUAAAUCACACUGUUCAAGAAUUUUUGACAUUUGUUAAGCAUAUUUGUUGAGAUGGAUGUAUUGCUGAUGAAGCCAAUAAAUUAUGUAUAGCUUGUCUUUAGUGAGAACUAAAUUUAAUAUAAUCUUACUUUACACAGAUCACAGUAAACAUUAUUUAAAAUCCAGUGCCUAAUGUGGAAAUGUUUGAUUUGUACUGUUUUGAAACGGUGCAUUGGCAUGAAAAAAUAAGCACACUCACUCAUGAGUAUUAUAGGAUGUAAGAUAAUGUGAACAAUAUAGAACCCAGAUUUUCAUUUUGCUAUUUUAAUCGUUUAAGGUGGUACCAUCUGAAAAUAACAUUGAAAGAUAGAUCUAGAUCAGUGGCAUGCAUAUCUAGGACUGGUUUAUGAAUUGUACAAAUUGUGUUUAAUCCAAAUCAUUAAAAACAGGGUUAGAGAAACUAAUGGUUUAAAAUUACACCAUCCAUUUUCUAAAUCCACUUAUCCAUGGAAGGUUGUGGAAAAGCUGAAGCCCCACCCAACCUGCAUCAGGCACAAGGCAGGAACAAGCCAAAGGCAGGGCGUCCAUCCAUUGUAGGGUAAACAAACACGCUAAGGCCAAUGUAGCAUUCCACCUGACCUGUAUGUCUUUGGAGUAUGAAAGGAGAUUGGAGCACCUGGAAGAAACCCCUGUGAAUACAGGGAGCACAUGCAAACUUCAUGUCCAGAGCACUGACAAAUUACACAACUACUUGUAAUACAUAAUAAAAUAUUAUAUUUUUAUGUUUUACAAUAAAAAAAAAUACAAUGCUAAUUAUUGGUGAAUCUUCAAAACAUAAUGUAAUCGGAGCCAUAUGAUGGCUGCUACUAUUGGAUAAAUAACUUGUAAAAUGUCCAUAAUAUUUAGGAUGGGACCAUGAUAUUUAGGAUGUACUUAUUACAGACAUGGUGCUGCUAAAAAACAAAGUGUUAUUAUAAUUGCAAUUUAGAGAAACUACUAAGUGCUUUAAUAUUGUCAUGACUAUUUAGAAGUUUUGUUUUGGUAAAAGACAAUUUAUGAAAGAAUAAAUAAUUGCACUUUUGAGCAUACAAACAUAAUUGAAACACAUUUUACUUUGAUAUGAAAAAUAAUUUUUAUAAACAGUAGAAUUAACAUAAUGCAUGUAUGAAAACUAAUUUGCAAACAAAAAACAUGGGGAAUAUUAUGCAAUUCAGUGUAAACAGUUUGUAUCUCAGUAGCUUAAACAGUCAAUUCAUUGUAAAAUGAGGGUGGCAAUUUGUUUGUAAAACCAAUAUGCUUCAAAUAAAAUUAUUCUUACUCUGACACAA